CUCAGUGUCUACCUUGACGUGAUCGAGUGAGCAUGGGUGUGCGAGCCCAACGUCGAGAGUGAAUUACUACACAAUUAACCCCCUCCCUAAUUAAUUAUCCAUCUAUAUAAUCAACAAUAAUUACCUUUAAAUAAUCGUAUAAUUAUGUGGAUCAAGAUGAACGUAUGGGAAAUAACUAGGAUAUGGAUAUACGUGUGUGUGUUCGUCUGUCGUGCCCAAGGUCAAGCUAUCCAGUGCCCACACCCAGCAGUUCCCAUCAACGCCAGAGUAGACGUAACAAACCGAACGCCAGGCGACACAGCGACAUACUCUUGUGAUUCUGGGUAUAAAAUAUUUGGGUCGGAGUCAAUUACCUGCGGCAGUAAUGGGAAAUGGGCCGGCGACUUACCUAUUUGUGCGACCAAUGUAGCCUGGAAGAAGCCUGUCAACCAGUCGUCCACAGCGAGAGGCGGGAAAGGGGAGAAUGCUAACGAUGGCUUCCUCACAUCAAUCCACGACGGACAGUUCUGUACAGAGACUCUCGUAGAAGCUUCACCCUGGUGGUCCGUCGAUCUACUGCAGGAGUAUGAGGUCACUGUGGUCACCAUUACUACCAGAGGGUGUUGUGGACACCAGCCAGUACAAGAUAUUGAAAUCCGUGUUGGUGAUUCUACAAACAUUCAGCGGAACAGACUUUGUGCUUGGUACCCUGGCACUAUAGAGGAAGGCGCCAGUAAACAGUUCACGUGUGCUCGCGCUAUGAAGGGGAGAUACGUGUUUGUGCAGAUGGUUGGUGUUGAAGGCUCAAUGUCUCUCUGUGAAGUCUCUGUUUAUUCUACACAAGAGUUUUCUAAGGAGAGGUGCACCGAUAAGGCUCAGGUCACCUCAUUAAGCAUCUUUAAUCAGACUUGUUAUGAACUUCAGAUCAGUGAAGGGGGAGACUUUAACCAGGGUCGCCAGUACUGCCAGACUCAAGGAGGUGACCUGAUCCAUGGUAUAGGACAAGCUACCCACGCCUACUUGACCUCAGAGCUCGAUAGGGUCAAGGACAAGAUGAAGACGAUGUUAGUCUGGAUAGGCGCCCAGCGAGAGCCUCAUUUUGUGUCCAGAACUUGGCGAUGGGUGGAUGACGGGGUAGUGGAGAACCCUCGGUGGGGCCACGAUCAACCCAACAACUACAACGGUGAACAGAACUGUGUGGUGCUGGACGGUGGACGAGAGUGGACCUGGAACGAUGUCGGUUGUGAGCUCAACUAUCUACACUGGAUAUGUCAAUUUAGACCAACCUCCUGUGGCUCCCCCGACAAGCACGAGAACACCACCGUCAACAGCCAGGACACCUCCACGGGGUCGACGGUCACCUACGAGUGUCCUGAGGGGAACGUGGUGCUGGGUGACUCCUCCAGAACCUGUUUACCUACUGGCUUCUGGAGUGGUUCAGCACCUAAGUGUAAAUACAUGGACUGCGGCUCCCCUAAAGAGAUCGAACACGGAUCCUUCGUGCUAGUGAACGACCGAACGACCUAUGGGGCCAAGGUGGUGUACGAGUGUCAGGAGAACUACACCAUCGCAGGGGAGAACUCGGCUCUUUGUUCCGAGGAUGGAUCGUGGUCGCCCGAGUCUCCAGAGUGCCUGUAUUCUUGGUGUCCGGACGUUGUACCGCCUGUCCACGGCAAGGUUGAGAUGAGUGGCCGCCGGGCUGGUGACACUACCGCGUUUACCUGUGACUCUGGCUAUAAUUUACAGGGUCUUAAGACUGUGUCCUGUACACUGGGAGGGAUCUGGUCAGGUGUGGCUCCCACUUGUAGGUUCAUCGACUGUGGCAUCCCCGAGGACCUGAGAGAUGGUCAGAUGACCCUGGUUAAUGGCACCACUUAUCUCGGGUCAAUGGCGAGGUACGAGUGUGGCGACGACUUCUGGUUGGACGGCCCUGAGGAGAGGGUGUGUCUUGAUGAUGGCCACUGGAGCGAUGUUUCUCCUCUGUGUGAUGUUGUGACAUGUAACGAGCCUAUAGUACCCCACGGAGGGUUCGUGACUGGCUACAGCUUCGACGUCCACGCAGAGGUCGAGUACCACUGUGAGCACGGCCACUUUCUGACCGGAGACAACAUCCGUGUUUGUACCCGCAGUGGAGUGUGGAGCGGUGAUGUUCCCUCCUGUACUUAUGUGGACUGCGGGAGCGUACCGACCAUGUCUCGGGGCGAAGUUUUGUAUGUAAACGAAUCUACGUUCUUGGACACUCAGCUAGAAUACGUCUGCAACCCGAACUUCCGCUUAGUUGGAGAGAAAUACCGCGUGUGUGGCAGAGACUCUAAAUGGGGUGGUGAACAACCCAAGUGUGAAGAGAUCCGCUGCCCCGAGCCUCAGCACCCUCCUAAGACCAAGAUUUCCGUCGCUGGUAACGACCGUCGCAUGAGCACGACCAUAGCUCGGAGACGAGAACACGUCUCCCUGGACAGCACCUACAGGGUUGGCAGCAUCGUGACUUAUCGUUGUGAUAGAGGUUAUGUUGUGGACGGCCAGAGUAUGAGGACUUGUAAGGCCGAUGGGACGUGGUCCAAUGAAUCUCCCACGUGCAAGUAUGUGGACUGUGGACUGCCAGAGAGCAUUAAUCCGGGCACGUUCCGGCUCCUCAGCAACACCACUAGCUACGGAUCUCAGGUGUCAUAUGAAUGCAGCGAACAUUGGAAGCUGGAGGGACGGAUUCGACGGUUUUGUCAGGAGAACGGCACCUGGGUCGGGGAGACGCCCAAGUGUGUCGAGGUCAUGUGCCCGGAGCUACAGUCAGCAUUGACAGAAGCGUUGACGGUGAAGGAAGGCGAUCGCAGGGUCGGGUCGUCGGCCGUGUACAGCUGUGGGGUCGGCCGAGUGCUGGUCGGGGAGUCUACUCGGAGCUGCAAGACUCAUGGCAUCUGGACGGGAACUCAACCUAGAUGUGAAUGGGUGUCGUGUAUGAUGCCAGAGGAGAUAGAUAACGGAAGAAUCGUCAGGUUAAACGAGUCGUUGCUGUACGGGGCUGUCGUGGAGUAUCUGUGUUUCCCCAAGUACAAGUUAAACGGACCUUUUAACAGGUCGUGUACGGCUGAGGGCGUGUGGUCUGGUGUAGCCCCUCUCUGUAAGAUGGACAUUACCGACUACGGGAUCUUUGAAGACAACACCGUCGACGGCACGAGUAACGAGGCUCGCGGCGGUCCUCCCGGCUCUCUCGAAGAAGCCUCCAACACUGGUCUAUACGUGGGCCUAGCUGUUGGUCUUAUUGCCGUCAUUGUCGUCGCUCUUCUCUUCAUUUUCCUGAGAACGAGACACCAGCAGAAGGGUAAGGAGCGAGAGCCACCAGUGACCCUGAAGCCUUCAGAAAGUCGUCAUAACGAUGCCAUGAGCUACGCCGACCUCAGCGACCCCACAACAGGGAAUAAUAUUUACGAGAAUAUCCCAGAGGACGUGGAAGAGUACGGGGAAGAGUACGCAGACAUGUCCUCUGGUAGCUACAACAACUCCCCCGCUCACACGUACUCUAACGGCCACCAGCCGGUCUACAGCAACGGCAUGAUGGCCCCGACGGCGUCGUUAAACCGCCCUCCCGCCCAUAUCAUGAGACGACCUCGUAUGCCUCCGCCUCAACCGCCCACCGUCCCCACGACUGAGCCCCCAUCCGUAGUGACGAUCAAUGGGGUCACGUUGUCGUCUCAGGGAACCUAAACUAUCGUUGUCCCUUAACGAUCGCCCUUGACGUCUAUCAAUAACACCAUAUCUAUAACGCCAUCUAUAAUGCUUUGGUUAUAUCGUCAGGUUUAGUGAAUAGCGUCAUUUGAUGUAUAAUGAAGAGCGUCAUUUGAUGUAUAAUGAUUGAUGUGGGUUGAUGUAUAAUGAUUGAUGUGGGUUGAUGUAUAAUGAUUGAUGUGGGUUGAUGUAUAAUGAUUGAUGUGGGUUGAUGUAUAAUGAUUGAUGUGGCAAAUGUUGAUAAAUAUGUUGUAGAAUGUGUGUGGAGUUAUUUGUGUCAUUGUAGAAUCGAAUAACAUCGCAGUUAGGAGAGAACAUGCUGGUAUACUUGAAGAACACAUCAAUAACAUUACAGAUAGAACACACUGCUAUAAUUAUACUGAAGAACACAUCAAUAACAUUACAGAUAGAACACACUGCUAUAAUUAUACUGAAGAACACAUCAAUAACAUUACAGAUAGAACACACUGCUAUAAUUAUACUGAAGAACAC